AUGGUGUUUGUGAGCUCAGCCGUUCUGGGCGCGGCCGCCGGCACUGGGCUUGCCUUACUGGUGGCGGUCACAAUCGUGAUGUACCGAUACUACGUCGUGCGUCGUAAAGGCAAGGAGUGGGCCGAGCUAGAUCGUCUCGAAGAAAAGAAAGCCGCCCGCAAGAUCAACCUGCAAGACUGCAACGUAACGAGCGGUUCGGUGCCAGUGCAGCCAGCCAGCAGUGUUGUCCACCAUUCCAUCAGCUCGGAAACGCUAGCCACCGGUCCGGUUGAAGUGACACCAAGUCCUCUCCAGCCAAGCCUUCCGACAGGGAUGGCAUCAGCAAAAAAAUCCUACGGUACCGGAUGCCGACCGCCACAUGCCGUUAGUUCGACCGCUUCUCGCAACAACAGCAUGGAGAGUGUCCAUUCGCGCACCUCGAGCUAUCGAGAAUGUGUACCCAAAUUUAUGACCCAUGCCAACAGCGACACCCGUUCCACCACGUCUGACAACAUAAUUCUGAGGAAAUCUCGCUCACCGAGUCCUAUGCGUACGUUCAGCCUGGAGGGUCGUUUCCCCGUCGGAUCCGGAAGCAAUGCAGACGGGGUCCUGGAGCGAGGCAGCAAAGCAAGUCUGGCUUCGAUAGUGAGUGGUGCCAGCGCCCGAGACGUCCAUUCUCCCAAGAAACGUAACAGUACCUUUUCGGGAGUGAUGCCCUUAGGCGGUGAGAACAGUGCUCCCGAUAGCCCAAUUGGUUCUAUUCGGUCCGACAGCGGACGAUCUCCACGAAGACGCGUUCCGGUGAUUUUGGCGGCUAACGACAUCCACAAGGUGCUUGGACGCUUUCAUUUGCGAUUGCGGUACGACGGAGCCAAGGAAGAGCUGUUGGUACACCUCGUUGAAGCUCAAGAUCUGACUCCCAUCGGAGACACUGGGUUCCGUGAUCCGUACGUGAAGAUGUUCCUGGAGCCAGACGAAGAACAACGCACACAGCAGACGGCAGUGCAUCGCACUGAAACGCACCCGUACUUUGACCAGCAGCUUUCAUUCCCACUGAAGCCCCGCAAUCUCGUCAAGAGCAACUUUGUACUACAGCUGCUUGAUUACGACCGCUUUUCACACGACACCGUCAUCGGUGAGAUUCGAUUCUUACUCAACACGCUUGACCUGUCUGGGUGCGAGCUCUGGGGGGAUUUGAUCGCAUCCCAAAAGCCCUCCGAGGCAACGUCUGAAUUGCUGAUCUCGCUUAGCUACCUUCCACAGGCCGAACGGCUCACGGUGGUCGUGAUGAAGGCGAAGAAUCUCUCCAUCUCCCACGAACCGUUCGUGAAGUUGUAUCUGCUGGUGAACGAUAAGCGCGUCAAGAAGCGCAAAACCAGCGCGAUACGGACGCUCGAUCCGACCAAUCCGAUCUGGAACGAGGCGUUCACGUUCGAGCUGCCCUCCUCGCAGUUACAAGACGCCGGGGUCGAGCUAUUCGUCACGUCGAACGAGGCCGAGGGCCAGGACCUUGGCUGUGGAGUAGGUCUGCGCGAGGGUGGUACUGGGACGCAGCACUGGCAGGACCUUAUGCAGAACAAUCGUAAACCCAUCGCCAUGUGGCACGUCCUGCGAUAAACGGCCGGAAACAGUGCGGCACUAAACGCGGCAAAAGGGCACGCAAUUCCGCUGGGAGCCAUACCGCGAGAAGCGUAAACUCCGAAAAAGAACAGAAGAGUAAACAAAAGAGCAAGCAGGGAUGAAGAUAAAAUACUAAAAUGAAAGAAAAUGCUCGGAGCAAAUAAACAUAAAGCAUCCGACUAUAUGAAGGAUGGAUUUGCCAAAUAAAACUGACACAAAAACACCUACUAUUUCCAUCUAAUCAUUGAGAUGCGACCAGCCAGUUAAGAGAAGCAUCAUUUCGUCAAAGAAAGCAGGAUGAAAUAAGGCUCAUAAUGCGUUCACGAAGAUGAAUGAAAUUACUCUAAUGCUUACAUGUUUCUCCAUGCCUCAAUUCUCUUCUUCGUCAUGCUUCUAAGGAUAUACCAUAAACUAAAACAAUUGCUGGACGCAGUCGAGAAUUGAACAUGUUUCGAUCUGAAUCUUUCCAGCCAAAGAUGGCAGAUCGGCCAUCGGGGUACUACAGACAACAUGCUAAUAAACUGUUUUUAAACGAAACGAAAACAUCUUUACUUGUCUUAUUAAAAGCAGUGAGUUUUCGAUAGAAGUAUUUAUUGCAAAAGGGUUUCGCAUCGUCUCAAAACGAUCAUCGUAGCGGUACACGCAAUACCAACCAUAUGAAGGAUGAAGAGUAGAACAACGCUUGUGGUGUGUACUUUUUAACAAGAGUAUUUUAAAACAAUGUUUCUUAAUUCUUUUAUGAAAAUUAAUAAACAACUUUAGGAUAAACAGAAACCACACAUGCAAAUGGCAGACUGAUGAGUAGCAUAACUUUAUGAAAAUAAUCAAAACUAUUACGAAAACAAAACCCACGUGCUCAAGGUUAAAAAAAAUCAGAGAAAAACGAAUAAACGCAUAUAUUUAUAUCUCAGCUACGCUCACAAAGUGUGAAGUUCAAUAUCACUUCGAUAAGGGUGUGGUACAAAACAAAAUCCAACUAACGAAACUGGAGCUUAAAUGUGUCAGAAUAUAAAGCAUAGCUAACUACGAAAACAAGGAUUGUGAAAGCAUAAAGCAUAUAGAUAUAUUUAUGUAGAGCCUUUAAUAAGGUGUUUAAAACUGUGUAAAAAAUUUAAAAAAGCCGUAGGUAAAAAAAUUGUAAAAAAAUGAGAAAAAAACGAAAACAAAAAAAACCAGUCACAUGCUUUGUGCACAUAUAUAUUAAUGUUUUAUAUGCAGUACUGAAUUGUAAGACUUGCGACCUACCGAGACAUUGAGCGGUGACUGAGCGACGUAUCGAACAAACCAUGUGAAAUAUAAUUAUACCCUAUACUAUACUCUACUGUAGUUGCAUACAUUUGUAUGUGUGCGGUAAAUAUACAAGGCGGCACUAUUUAUACAAUAAUUAUAUAUAUACAUCAACACAAAUAUGAUAUGAUCAUGCAACGAUGACCUGCUGAACCGGUAUCGGCGUUAAAUUCAGACGGAGAUGCUAUAUUUUAUGAGGCCAACUAAGCUAUCUCAGCUACCGCAUGAGGAUAGAAAUGAGUUCUAACGAAUCACAAAUUCAUAUACAUGAAAUAUUAUAUAAAUGGUACCUUUUGGAGUAUAGAACGUAGCUUCCAGUAUAUGUAAUGGAAACUGCAGCAUGAUGCUGUCGUUGCCAAACUAAAACCAAAGAAUGUAAACAAUUGUAAUGCUCAUCGUCCAUUAUGGCGUAAUGAAACAGUAUCGCAGUAAUCAAACAAAUCAAUUAGUAAGCAGCAGUUUGCUUCAAAAAUCCUGUAAAAGUACCCAACAUGUGUCGGUUGUUUCGUCCCAUCCAACCAUAUCAGUGAAAUUUCUUGUAAUCCAAAUAUGCUACCAUUGGGAUGCGCAAUCCCUGCAAAUAAUUAAUCCUUGUCGUCUAUUACUACCUGAGUAACUAACCAAUGUGAGUGGAAAAGCAUGUUACCUUGAAAUUGAAUGUUCCUAGAUUUCGUGCUGAUUUUAGAGGGAACAUGAACAGUGCAUUUGCCUAAGCAGUUGUAUUACUUCUAUCGGCAGUGUAUCUGCUCCAUAAAGAGUAAUGGCCAGUUCCUUUUCUACACCCUAAUUCCUACAGCACCUUCUUUGAAGCGCACACAAGCUAGCUUAAAAAACAUAGCCGAAAUAAAGUCACAAAACUCACCCAAAGGGUACUUGAUUGAGCAAAAUAACCAUAGCCAAGAUUAAAAUCCAUGAAAAAGUAGGAAAUAAUCACAGAGAGUGUGUUUAAACCCAGAAUUGAGGAAAGCAUUUGUUUUUCAAUAAAAAAAAACAAUAAGAAA